GAUGGCUGACAGAGAAAUGGGGCAGGCCGCGGGACCCUCGGACUGUGCGUGACUUCGGGCACCCUCUUGGGAGGGCGUUUCGAUUUUUUUUUCUCCUCGAUACCCACCACGGGACUCUGGGCCUCAGUUUUCCCAUCUGAGAAGAAGGGCGUGGAUCCGUCCCCCUGCCCACAGUCCGCGGUGAUGGAGCAAACCGAGGUCGAGUCGCUUUGGUUUGCCCAACAAAGGCUCUACGGUUGUUGAGGUGGCAACGGGUCCCAAUGGCUCCCUCGUGACCCCAGUUCUGUCCAUGAAGCAGAGCCCACACGCCAGAUGUUCCAGAACCUCUCUACCUUGGCUGCCCAUCUCUGCAAAUAUGUGGCCAGAUUAGAAUGUUCAAUCCCAGGAAUCAGUGACAUUCAAAGAUGUGGCUGUGGACUUCACUCAGGAAGAAUGGCACCACGUGGACGCAGCUCAGAGGCGCUUGUACAGGGAUGUGAUGCUGGAGAACUAUAGCCACCUGGUUUCUCUUGGAUAUCAAGUUUCCAAGCCAGAGGUGAUCUUCAAAUUGGAACAAGGAGAAGAGCCGUGGAUAUCAGAGGGAGAAAUCCAAAGACCUUUCUGUCCAGACUGGAAGACCAGGCCUGAAGCCAAAUCAUCACAUCUGCAACAGAGCAUAUCUGCAGGAUCCCGUAGCACAGAUGGCCUUUCGCAUGCCACAUUUGAAAGCACUUGGGAUGUUAGUAGCCAGUUAGAGAGACACCAGGAAACCUGGAAAAGAUACCUGGGCCCAGAUGCAUCCAACCAGAAGAAAAUAAUCACACCAGAGGAAAAUUUUCAGCAAAAUAAAUUUGGUGAAAAUUCUAGAUUGAACACAGUCCUGGUUACACAACUGAACAUUCCUUCAAGGCCUACUGAAUGUGAUACACUUGGAAGCAAUUUGGGACAUAAUUCAGAUAUAAUUAAUCAGAAUAAUAUCCUUGCAAAAAAGAAACCUUAUAAAUGUGACAAAUGUCGAAAAGCCUUUAUUCAUAGAUCAUCACUCACUAAACACGAGAAAACUCAUAAAGGAGAAGGAGCUUUCCCCAAUGGUACAGAUCAGGGAAUUUAUCCUGGAAAGAAACACCAUGAAUGUACUGACUGUGGAAAAACCUUCCUCUGGAAGACACAACUUACUGAGCAUCAGAGAAUUCACACUGGGGAGAAGCCCUUUGAAUGUAAUGUGUGUGGGAAGGCCUUCAGGCAUAGCUCUUCCCUUGGUCAGCAUGAGAAUGCUCACACGGGAGAGAAACCUUACCAGUGCAGUCUCUGUGGGAAAGCCUUCCAGCGCAGCUCCUCCCUUGUUCAGCACCAGAGAAUUCACACUGGAGAGAAACCCUAUCGAUGCAAUUUAUGUGGGAGAUCUUUUAGGCAUGGCACAUCCCUCACUCAGCAUGAGGUCACACAUAGUGGAGAGAAACCCUUCCAGUGUAAGGAAUGUGGGAAAGCCUUCAGUCGAUGUUCUUCCCUUGUCCAGCAUGAAAGGACUCAUACAGGAGAGAAACCUUUUGAAUGUAGCAUAUGUGGGAGGGCUUUUGGUCAGAGUCCAUCCCUUUAUAAACAUAUGAGGAUUCAUAAGAGAGGCAAACCUUACCAAAGCAAUAACUACAGCAUAGAUUUCAAGCACAGCCCAUCUCUUACUCAAGAUGAAAGCACUGUCACUGAAGUGAAAUCCUAUCAUUGUCAUGACUGUGGGGAAGACUUCAGUCACAUUACUGACUUUACUGAUCAUCAGAGGAUCCAUACUGGACAGAACCCCUAUGAAUGUGAACAGAACUUUAGUCAACAACCUAUUUCUCAUCCUGGAGAGAAACCCUAUCAGUGUAAUGUAUGUGGAAAAGCUUUCAAAAGGAGUACAAGCUUCAUAGAACAUCACAGAAUUCAUACUGGAGAAAAACCCUAUGAAUGUAAUGAAUGUGGAGAAGCCUUCAGUCGACGCUCAUCACUUACUCAGCAUGAGAGAACCCACACUGGAGAGAAACCCUAUGAAUGUAUUGACUGUGGGAAAGCCUUCAGUCAAAGUUCAUCCCUCAUUCAGCAUGAGAGAACUCAUACUGGAGAAAAACCCUAUGAAUGUAAUGAAUGUGGGCGAGCCUUUCGAAAGAAAACAAAUCUGCAUGAUCAUCAGAGAAUUCAUACUGGAGAAAAACCCUAUGCUUGUAAGGAAUGUGGGAAAAACUUCAGUAGAAGUUCAGCACUAACUAAACACCAGAGAAUUCAUGCACGAAAUAAACUGUAGAAGCCCUGAAAUUAAGGAAUGUGCAGAAAACUUUAGCUAAACUAUUGUUCUUAUUCAGUAUCACAGGAUUCUUACUAGAGAGGAAGCUUGAGAAUGUAAUGGGGUGUGUGUGUGUGUGUGUGUGUGGUGUGAAGAAAGCUCUAUGCUAGUAGACAAUGUUUUUUUUAAUAAAUAGGCACAUUCUCAAAUCUGAUUACAGACUUUUAUAAAAACAACUAUAAACAUCAUAUAUAACCAAUUGGAAAUGAUAUGCUUAUGUAUUGGACUUUAUAAAGCUUUUGAAUAUCUGUACGCAGGAGAUCAUCAACUUUGAACAGUUUGAGUUGUAACUCUGUGUUUACAGCCUUUUUUAAUAAAACUCCUGCGGUAGUGACCAAAACUUAUUUUAAAAUUGCUUGACGACUGCAUUCAACUGCAGCUCUUACAUUAAAUUCACCAUGGAAACCAAUUCCACCUCCCAGAAUCAACCAUUCAAAGAAUGAGAUCAGCUGGCCCAACCACUUCAUUGUACAGAUGAAGAAACCAAAAGCCAAAGAUGUGAAGUGGUUUGCACAGUGUGAUACAGCUUAUGAUGGCAAAGCUGGGUGGAGAAAGCAGGUCUCCUGGAUCUUUGGCCCUGUGGUCUAGCACUGAAAAGGUAUUUUGGAAUUCAGAGGGCUUUAAAGUAAAUUUUAAAAUAAAUCAGAUGCACAAACUAAUGAGCACUUGAGUUGGAUACUCUAGGAAUUCAUAAAAGUAUAAGAGGCAGCAAAAUACAGAGGCAGAUUUGUCACAGACUUAAUCAGAAAAACUUGUUGGAAGCUUACAUACCAAAAUGUUAACAAAAACUGUGAAUAGUUCAACUGCUGGUGACUUUUUUCCUUUUCCCAAGUGUAAUAUUUAUACAUUCAACUAACAUAUGUCAGUUUCAUAGACCUGCUCAGUUCUCUUACUGUGCUUUUUAUGACACUCCCAUGAGAAAGCACUGCCCCGAGCUUCCUAUAUUGGAUCAAUGGGAAAACAGCACAAAACUAAAGAGGAAACAUUUUCCCCAAGUUAAUUUUACUGUGGAGAAGUAUAAAUGUAAUUACCCAUUGUCAUAAAAUCUAUCUUUAAAUCAGUUUAGAGAACCCAUGUAAUGACCCAUUUUGUGUGCCAAGGAAAUACUUCAUCAUAAAAAAUUUAACUUUUUUGGUUAUAUGCUGCUCUUCCAUCAGUAAAGCAUGAGAUAAGCAUCAGUAGCCCACUCCAGUCCCUAAUGUUCUCAUGCCUACCAUAGGCUAUCCUAAAAGAAUCCCAAAGGUGCCAACAGUGGAGAUAAAUUUGGAAGCAAUAGGGACCUUUACUCCUUUCACACAAGAGCCUCUCCUCUCUGAAGAUAAGUAAAUUUUCCCACCCUGAUGAAUCAUGGAGAGGAAUGAUAUGGGUGAUGUUGAUGGUAAACCUUUCCUACUGUCUUCUUUACAUGCCAAGUAGCAGGAUCCAUUAUCCUUCUCUCAUCCUAGACAACAGGAAGUAACUCUCAAAUAUUCUUCAUAAUUCUUUUUUUUUUUUAAAGAAUUUAUUUGAGAGAGAGAAUGAGAGCACGAGAGGGAAGAGGGUCAGAGGGAGAAGUAGACUCCCUGCUGAGCUGGGAGCCCGAUGUGGGACUCGAUCCCAGGACUCCAGGAUCAUGACCUGAGCUGAAGGCAGUCACUUAACCAACUGAGCCACCCAGGCGCCCUUCUUCAUAAUUCUUUGCAGGAAAAAUGUACAUGGGGGCUAAAAUGUGUGAUGUCUAGCACAAUGAGUCCAUUACAAGUAGAACAAGAUGGGAAUCUGCCCUUCCAAGACUUUUUUUUUUUUUAAAGAUUUAUCUAUUUGAGAGAGCGAGAAAGAGUACACGAGAGGGGGGAGGGUCAGAGGGAGAAGCAGGCUCCUCGCCGAGCAGGGAGCCCAAUGCGGGACUCGAUCCCGGGACUCCGGGAUCAUGACCCGAGCCGAAGGCAGUCGCUUAACCAACUGAGCCACCCAGGCAUCCCUGCCCUUCCAAGACUUUAACUGUUCAAAAAUAUCUUGUUUGUGAUGUUCCAUGCUUAACACACACACGGUGCCAAGACCAUGUGUUGUCUGAUACAUAGUUUGACAAUGGGUCAUUCUAUACAGACCCCCCCCCCCUUCCACUGAGUGGCUACCAUGCUUAUCAGGAACUUGUUUGCUGCUGAUUAUUUGGGGAUCCCCAUAGUGGACUAUUUGCAAGAAUGACAUAAAUUGGAACCAGUUGAGUGCUAUUCUACUUCAAAAGAAGUUUGUAAAGACUUAGUUCCAGAAGACUCAAAGAAAACCACUGGUUUGUUUGUGGAACUUGGCCUAGAUCCAACCAAUCUCUGAAUCUCAGCACAUCUGCUUUGACAAAGAAGGAGCCCAGAAUGUCCGUGGUAUCUGUGGUUGAUUGAGCAGAGGAUUCUCUAGUUCCAGCAACCAGGCACCAUGCACUUAGGAACACCCAGCUUCCUAGGCCACAUGAAAUACAUCCUUGUAACAUCAUUGUAUUAUUUCAAUAAAUAGCCUUCUUAG